AUGUUUGGAAAAAUAGUUUACACGUUGUUAUUGGGUCGUCUUGUCACGUGCAAUCUCAUAUUCAAACCGCAAGAUGUUCUUUUGGAAAUCGAUGAUAUCGUACAAUUCGAAGUCUUGUUCACGAGCGAGGGUAAAAAUGAAAUUUUACAACUUUACACGAGUCAAAAAAACAUUGUGGAAAUAUUAAACGAAAACGUGACUCUGUCUAAGGGCGAUAGGAAAAUUUUACACAUAAAGGGUGAAAAUUCCGGUCACGUUAUAAUCCUUGGUAAUUUAACAAAGAGACCGGAUGUUAAUACGGAGGAAGCCAUAGUGAGAGCAUCUGUCGGAAAAUCUUCCGUUUGGAUAAUAUUAUCCGACAUAACGGGAUGGCUUUAUUUUGCCGCAUGGUCGUUUUCAUUUUAUCCUCAAAUCUAUGAAAAUUGGAGGAGGAAAAGCGUCGUCGGAUUAAAUUUUGAUUUUCUCGCAUUAAACUGUUUGGGAUUUUUUCUUUAUUCUGCAUUCAAUAUCGGUUUGUACGCCGUGAAACCCAUAAAACAAAGUUUUCACGACAGGUAUCCCUACAGCGUGAAUCCCGUACAAAUCAACGACAUUGUUUUUUCUCUCCACGCUCUCGUAGCCGUUAUAGCAACCCUCGUUCAAUGUUUUAUUUACGAGAGAGAAAAUCAAAAAGUUUCCAUUGCGACGAAAAUUCUUUUCGGUCUUUUUCUAGGAUUUUUAGGAAUAAGUAUCGUAUUAGCUUGCACUUCAGUUAUUCAACCCAUCGAUUUUCUUUAUCAUUGUUCAUAUGUUAAAUUGUCAAUUACUUUUAUUAAAUACAUACCGCAGGCGUACAUGAAUUUUAGGAGAAAAUCAACGGUUGGAUGGAGCAUAGGAAACAUUUUUCUCGAUUUGAUCGGUGGGAUUUUAUCAAUGUUGCAAAUGAUAAUAAAUUCAUAUAAUUUCGACGACUGGGAAAGUAUUUUCGGUGAUUUUACUAAAUUCGGAUUGGGAAUGUUUUCAGUGCUUUUCGAUUUGUUUUUUAUGUUUCAACAUUACGUUUUGUAUAAACGAGUACAGGUCCUUGAUUAG